UCUUCCAGGGGAAGGUCGUGCGCGCGCUCCGUCCCCGCGCCUAACGAACUAGUGAACAGAUAUAUUUGUGUUACCAUACUGUGUUUGUUUUGUGCACCGAGCUUUUAAGGAUUUGCGUGAGAUUUGUGUCGUGUUCCAACGAAACGAAACUAACAGGAUCGUGGAUAUUUAGUGGAGUGUUUAUUUUUCUGCAAGACUUCACGCUCAGUUAUAUUUAGUUGUGAUAAAUACAAAAGCAAGCAUGGAGCAAGUUUACGACCUAGGCACGGAGCAUUCAAAGCGCGCACCACCGAUACUAACGGACACCUAUGUGUACAGUUGAACCAGCAAAUAUGGUGAAAUAGUAGUGUAGUGUGUUAACAAAGUGAUACAAUGAGCUUAUAAGUUAAGUGAAUGAGUGAAGAUGCCUUACUACGGGUAUCGAGAGGGGUCAGACUCGAGUGGGGGGUGUUCGGAAUCGGAGGGGGGAGACUCGGACUCAGAGGGGGGGUUGAGUACAGAGAGCACGGUGGGUCAGGACUUGCCUUUCCCGGGCUUCACCCCCGUGGCUCUCCGCUAUUUGACGCAAGAUACGCGGCCACGGAGCUGGUGCCUAAAACUCAUCACUAAUCCGUGGUUCGAAAGAAUAUCGAUGCUGGUAAUCCUGCUGAACUGUGUGACUCUCGGCAUGUAUCAGCCCUGCGUGGAUGAUCAGUGUGUUACAAAUAGGUGUAAAAUAUUACAGGUGUUCGAUGACAUUAUAUUUGCAUUUUUCACAUUGGAAAUGACGAUAAAAAUGGUUGCAAUGGGUGUGUAUGGACACGGCACAUACCUCGCUGACUCAUGGAACAGAUUAGACUUUUUCAUUGUUUUUGCUGGAGCGCUUGAAUAUGCAUUGAACGUGGAAAACAUAAAUUUAUCAGCGAUAAGGACGAUCCGAGUACUUCGUCCACUAAGAGCCAUUAACAGGAUACCAAGUAUGCGAAUUCUAGUGAUGCUAUUGCUGGAUACGUUGCCAAUGUUAGGAAACGUUCUCCUGCUUUGUUUCUUCGUAUUUUUCAUAUUUGGCAUUGUCGGUGUGCAAUUGUGGGAAGGUAUUCUGAGGCAGCGAUGCGAACUCGUCCUCCCGACGAACGUGCUCCGACCCAACAUAUCGUUUUACUACGAGUUCUCAAAAGAACUAGACUACAUCUGUACGACGCCCGAAGACAGCGGGAUGCAUCUGUGCGGAAACUUUCCUCCGUACCGAUACGGACCACUUGUAUGCAACGAGACCGCUAAACCGUUUUCAUACAACACUCCAACGAACACGUCUUGCGUAAACUGGAAUCAAUAUUACACAAACUGUACCCAGCGAGGCUCCAAUCCAUUCCAAGGAACGAUCUCUUUCGAUAAUAUCGGUCUCGCAUGGGUCGCUAUAUUUCUAGUAAUAUCUCUCGAAGGAUGGACGGAUAUAAUGUAUUACGUACAGGACGCGCACAGUUUUUGGGACUGGAUUUAUUUCGUGCUACUCAUAGUCAUUGGAUCAUUUUUCAUGAUCAACCUUUGCCUGGUCGUAAUCGCGACUCAAUUCAGUGAAACCAAAAAACGUGAAAUGGAACGAAUGCGUGCGGAACGUGCCCGCUUUACUUCAUCUUCAACUUUGGCAUCGUCUACGAAUAACAGCGAACCGGCUACGUGCUACGCGGAAAUCGUAAAAUACGUAGCGCAUCUGUGGAGGAGAUUUAAAAGGAGAAUGGCGAAAAAAAUCAGGGUUUACCGAUAUCAAAGAGCUCAACUCCAAUGGCGAACAAGUCGAGAAACUUUGCAAUUGCCAGCAAAUCGACCGAAACAACAUCAUCCCCGCUGCCCGAAACUACAUCCUCAGGGUAACGGCAAGAGCUCAGAAGAUAUAGAGGAGCCGCUCAGCCGACCGAGCCUGUUGCGUGUGCCCUCGCUCUCGGCUGCGGACCUCGAGAACGCAUCGAACCUGUCUCUUCUCUCACCGCCGUCGCUCGCGCGUCGCCGCUCGUCAGUAAUGUUCAGUGACACAGUGCUCCUACAUGCACCAAACGCCCCACACUUAGCGCAUCCCAACAACGUCUGCUCCUCUGAGAAAAUGACGCAAACCGAAUUCGACCUCCCGGCGGAGACCGCAGAGGAGCGAGCUGCGGCUGGCGGAGCGAUGUCGUGCCAGGAACUGCUAGCGCUCUCCGGGGCUUUAUCCGCGGCUUUGCCUACGGGACAAGUGGCUUUGGACACAUUCUUUGAAGAACUAACUAAGGGAAUCAGCAAACGAGCUGGUGAUGAGAAGACUGAUACGAAGGUCGUAGAGAUAGAAGACUUUUCAUGUUGCGCUGAUUUGAUAGCGGCAGAGGCCGCUGCCAAGGAGACAAAAAAGAACAGAUUCACAAACGCCUGUUCGCUGUUAUGGAAUCGAAUAAAUAGACUCAUGUCGUUACUGAGAAAACAUAUUAAAAAUAUCGUUAAUCACAAAUACUUUCAGCAAGGUAUAUUGUUGGCGAUUUUAAUAAACACUUUGUCAAUGGGCAUCGAAUAUCACAACCAACCAGAAGAGCUCACUGUAAUCGUGGAAAUUAGUAAUAUCGUAUUCUCAGCUAUAUUUGCGGUUGAAAUGAUACUUAAAAUCAUUUCCGAAGGCCCAUUUAAAUAUAUUUCCAAUGGAUUUAAUGUAUUUGAUGGUGUCAUAGUUAUUUUGAGCGCAUUUGAACUUGCUCAGAGUUAUGGUCACGAACAUGAUUUAGCAGGAAGUUCUGGGUUAUCAGUAUUACGUACAUUUCGCCUACUGAGAAUACUGAAACUUGUUCGAUUUAUGCCUAACUUAAGAAGACAACUCUUUGUAAUGCUACGGACUAUGGACAACGUCGCAGUGUUUUUUUCGUUACUCGUUCUUUUUAUAUUUAUAUUCAGUAUUCUGGGCAUGUACCUAUUCGGUGGUAAGUUUUGCAAGUUCGUCGAAGACAAUGGCACCGAGAGAGACUGUACUUGCCCUGAGAUCAUAUCGCAUCAUCCCAAGUGUGAAUGUGACAGAAAACAUUUUAAUAACAUCUUAUGGGCUACGGUCACUGUCUUUCAGGUAUUGACACAAGAAGAUUGGAACGUGGUUCUAUUUAAUGGAAUGGAAAAAACGAGUCAUUGGGCUGCGUUAUAUUUUGUUGCGCUAAUGACAUUUGGCAAUUAUGUUUUAUUUAAUUUACUUGUUGCUAUUUUAGUAGAAGGGUUUAGUUCCGAGCGAAACGAAAGAAGAGAGCGGGAACAACGUGAAUUGGCAAAGUCAAAAUUAUCAAGUGAAUGUUUUUCUGACAACAACGAAUUGCAAUACGAUGAGUCUAAUUCAGGAUCACAUUCAAGUGACAGCUUUUCUCAGAAUGAGAUAAAAAACUAUUGGAAAUCUGCGGAUGAUGUAAGAAAAGCUAAAGAUGAUCCAAGCGGCAAUAAAGACAAAGUGAUAAAAUCUAGACGAAAACCGAAAUCCGUGACCCACAAUCCUACGCUCUGUAAGGAUUGUGCACAAUCUAACAAAUGCAAUCUCCAAAAGGAAUCAAAAAUGUUAGCAAACACCGCCAACGAUCACAGCAACAGUACAGUAGUACCAAUGAUAACUCAUACAGCAGCCACGCCGCAAGAUUCGCCUUCCACCACAUUAGAGCCCGGGGCGUCUUUUCGAGAUUUCCACGUAGCUUUAAGUUUAGAGAGAUCAUCCAUGUUGUCUAGUUUGGACUCGAUUGACCGCACAUCUUGUGCGAGCAUACCAGGUUUAUUGAAACCUCCAAAUAGUUACACGUUAACUCUCCAUUCAGCUGCCGCAGCUUUAGGUUCGGAGAAGGCUAGAUUGCCGAUGUCUUUAGCUCCUCCACCAUUAACUUUAGCUCUACCACCAACAAGACCAACUUCACCUGGAACUCCAACUACACCUAGAUCUGUACCAUCACCGAUGUUUCCUGAGAAGAAUCUACAAAUAACUAUCGCUAAAGACGAAAAUUGUCUCAAUGUUAGUGAUAAAUCCAGCUUGCUGAGCUCGCAAAAGAGUUUAACUUUAAUGACUCCAACUAUCAAUGGUGAAGACAAAUGCAGAGUACAACGCGGCUACAGCUGGAGACUCUCUCGGCCGAGUUUAAGGAAAAAGAAACCGAGAACUGGCUCUGAUUCUGACGCUGUUAUCUUGAAUAAUGGAAGGGAUCAUAUUGCAUGUAAUGGAUCAAGCCUCCGCAAAAACGACAUUCUCCUCUCAUCGUCAAACGUGAUAAAGAACGACACACAGGCAGAGUUGCCCAACAACCGGUCCCGCAACCAGCUGCCCGCGAGAGUACUAACUGCGCCCGCUAGACGAGUGUCUGCUCACGCUACGCCGAUCCUGCCCGAUGUGUCCUGGAAAGCUCCAGAAGCAGGUUUUUCAUCAGAUUCAACAGUUCGAUUAGACACCGUUAAAUCACCUCCUCAUAGACUCUCCUUGACCAACGAUUACCUAACAGUGACAUCAGUAUCAGAAGUAAAAGCGAGUAACCUAACAUCGAGCGGGCAGAUCGCACAACUCCCGCGCGCUCGAGAGUCUCUGCCCAGGAACAACCAACCGCUGCCGUUGAUCAAACAGAUCAAUGAGGAGGUAACAAUAAACAAUGUUUGUAUAUUUUCUUCGAGAUUCGAUAGAAGAAGAUUUAGAGUUAAGGACCUUUUUCGUUUUAUGGAGCCGACAGGGUGUCUCAAGGAAAAAGAGGAUUAUUCUCUCUAUAUAUUUGCUCCGGAUAAUAACAUAAGAAGGUUCUGCACAUGGAUGGUAACACGCAGUUGGUUCGACAACAUAGUGCUGCUGUUCAUAGCGCUCAACUGUAUCACGUUAGCUAUGGAACGACCGAACAUACCACCAGACUCUAAAGAAAGGGCAUUUCUAUCUAGCGCCAAUUACGUAUUCACAGUUGUGUUUGCUGUAGAAAUGUUUAUUAAGGUGGUAGCAUCUGGAAUGUUCUACGGGCCAGAAGCGUAUUUCACUUCGGGUUGGAAUAUUAUGGACGGUUCAUUAGUCAUCAUAUCUAUUAUCGACUUGCUAAUGUCUUUAGUGUCUGAAUCCAGCCCGAGGAUAUUCGGAAUAUUGAGGGUUUUCAGGUUGCUCAGAUCGUUGAGGCCUCUAAGGGUUAUCAAUAGAGCGCCUGGUUUGAAACUGGUCGUACAAACUUUAUUGUCGUCACUGAGACCUAUCGGAAAUAUAGUGUUAAUUUGUUGCACUUUUUUCAUAAUAUUCGGCAUUUUGGGAGUUCAGCUCUUCAAAGGGGCGUUCUUCUAUUGCGAGGGCGCUAACAUAAAGAACGUGAAGAACAAAUCAGAUUGUCUGGCGAUAGAGGGCAACGUGUGGGUCAACAGGAAGUACAACUUCGACGAUCUCGGCAAAGCUCUCAUGUCCCUGUUCGUGCUCAGCUCGAGAGAUGGCUGGGUCAAUAUCAUGUAUACGGGCCUUGAUGCAGUUGGAGUUGAUCAACAGCCAAUAGUAAACUAUUCAGAAUGGCGGCUCCUGUACUUCAUAGCGUUCAUAUUAUUGGUGGGGUUUUUCGUUCUGAACAUGUUUGUGGGAGUCGUUGUGGAGAACUUUCACCGAUGUCGGGAGGAGCAAGAGAAGGAAGAGAGAGUGAGAAGAGCCGCCAAGAGAGCGCUACAGAUGGAAAAGAAGAGACGAAAAAUGCAUCAAAGGCCGUACUACGCGGACUAUUCCCAAACACGUCUGUUCGUGCACAACGUUGUCACGUCCAAAUAUUUCGACCUGGCUAUAGCCGGCGUUAUCGGGCUCAACGUAGUCACAAUGGCUAUAGAAUAUUACAGGAUGCCGCCAGCACUUCAAUAUGCUUUAAAAAUAUUUAACUAUUUCUUCACCGCCGUGUUCAUACUCGAGGCCGCGAUGAAACUUGUUGCCCUCGGGUUCAAGAUUUACUUGAAAGACAAGUGGAAUCAGCUCGAUGUGAUCAUUGUCAUUUUAUCCAUUGUUGGAAUAGUCUUAGAAGAGCUAGAGACUAACAUUAUACCAAUAAACCCAACUAUUAUGAGAGUGAUGCGAGUGUUGCGAAUUGCAAGGGUUUUAAAAUUGUUAAAGAUGGCCAAAGGGAUUAGGGCGUUGUUAGAUACGGUGAUGCAAGCUCUUCCGCAAGUGGGCAAUUUGGGGCUACUAUUUUUUCUAUUAUUCUUUAUCUUCGCUGCCUUGGGCGUUGAACUCUUUGGUCGUUUAGAAUGUUCGGAUGAAAUACCUUGUCAAGGUCUCGGUGAACAUGCUCAUUUUGCAAAUUUUGGAAUGGCAUUCCUUACACUAUUCCGCGUAGCUACUGGCGAUAACUGGAAUGGUAUAAUGAAAGACACAUUAAGAGAAGACUGCGACAGCUCUGUAGAUUGCGUGCGAAAUUGUUGUGUGUCUACUAUUAUUGCACCAAUAUUUUUCGUUGUUUUCGUACUCAUGGCACAAUUUGUCCUCGUCAAUGUCGUCGUCGCCGUGCUAAUGAAACACCUAGAAGAAUCCCACAAGCAAAUGGAAGACGAAAUGGAUAUGGACGUAGAACUGGAAAGGGAAUUGGAAAGAGAAGCGGACGACGAGGAGGACCGUGCGCUGUGCCGCGCGCUGGAGCAGUGCAGCUCGCCGCCGCGGGCCCUCAACAAGGUACCCUCAUUGCCUGCUAACUUCACGUACAGCGAGCCCAAAGUUCAGCCCAUACCAUCUCCUUGCCGUCGCCGUACAUUACAUUCCCAUCACGCAUUACUCCCGGCCGCUUUACCUCAGAGGAGGGCUUCUCUGUCUCCUCACGCGUUCGGUCGCCGACGACAAGACUCCACGGCCGACGCUCCGGCCGCUCUGUACGAGGAAGACGCCCGCUUCAUUGACGCCGAUGACGUCGACGAGCUGGAGCCCGGCAGUCCCCCGAGAAGGGAUUCCUUCGCCCAGAACCGACGGCAACGCGUCGAUAAAAGAAACUCCCUGCGCAGCGAAGAAGCGAGAUUGCUUCGCCCCGCCCCCGUGCUUCUCACGGUUCCUUCCACGAGACAGAGCUUAAGAGAUAAGACUAAACGCCGCCCGUCCACCGAAUCCGCGACGGCGAGCGAAGUGAGCCACGCAUCAUUCCGAUCGAAAGAAGAUCCGUCAAUUAAAACAGAUCAACCUAUAACUGAGGAAGAAAAAAUUAGGAUAGUCAUAGCCGAAAGACGGAAGAUAGACACGGGAAGGCCCGAGCCGGACGAUAUAGUGGAGCUGUCGGAGUGCGGCUCCUAGUGCAGGCGGGGCCGGCCGCACCAGCACCACGAGGUGUACAUCUAAAGCAAGUCUCGCCCGAUCCCUCUGUGCUCCGAUUCCUCUCCUUAUCCCUCUGAAGGACACGUGGUGAAAGACUUCGAAGCUUGAACUCGGUUGCUUCAAAGUAACGUAAUAGUGUGAAAGUUUGUGAAGAGUAUGUUCGAGUGGUUUUUGUGACUAAGUGUUAAAACGUUUGGAAUAAUUUACACUCCCUUUUUACCUGUAGAUAUCCUUUACCUGAGUUUUCUACUUGCGGCCGGUUCAUGAAAUACAGACUUUAAAAAAUUAAGUUAAUUAAAUCGUAUUGAAUUAGAUAGCUAUUAGAACUAGUCAAUUUGUGGUGGUGGUACAUUUUCUACGAACGCUGGUGUUAUUUUUAAUCUUUAUCUCGUAAAUUAGUACGGUGCUUGCUGUGUAAGUUUUGUUUGUUAUGUGUAAAGACAUUAAACGUUUUCAAUAAACCUCAACGAAAUGGUGGUUUGUUAAUUUAUUUUUAUUAAUGUUUAUAUGUAGUCAUUGUUUUAGGAUCAAUGUGAAUGUUAAAAUUGAUUUUGUAUAUGUAUAGUAUUACGGGUUUCGAAUCAUUGAAAUUUAUUGUUUAAGCCAUCGAUGAACAAAGCCUAUUGUUUGUGUAUAUUUAGUCGCGAGGAACUUCUAGUAAACGACUGUUUAGUAUUGUAGCAUCUUUUUAUAAUUAAAUUUAUGUCACUGUCACGUACCUUAAGGAUUGACAACAGAACCAAACGUUCGCGAAUUGAAUAUUUCUCUUUUUAAAAACGAAAUUGUAUUUUCUGAAUAUAAAUGAAUCCUAUUUUCAUACAGAAUUGUGUAAUUUAGUAUUAACUAUUAAUACGCACAUACACCUAGGAAUAUUUUUAAAGCCAUUAGUUCCGAUUGUUAAACCAAACAAAUAACAAAAAUGAUGCUAAAAUAAUUAUGUUGAGUUCAGUAGAAAUUUUGGUAGACAUAAAAAAGUGCAACAGAAAAUUAUGAAGUGCCAAAAAUAUUAUAUUUAAUUGAUUAAGAUAACUUAUUGUUUGGAUAUCCUUACUUUAGAACCAGAUUCUAAAACUAUGAUAAAUAUUAACUACCUAUGCAAUGAAUAUUUUUAUAUUUGGUUUAUCUAGUCGUUCAUCAACGUUCUUACAAUUAUUUUCUAUGUAUAGUUCGCUAAAUAGUAAAAGAUGUUCUUCAAAACUAUUCCACGCAGAUUUUCAUCUUUACCGAUAGAUAUGUGUGUAUAUCCUGUAAGUUUCUAAUAUGUGUCUAUGUAGUAAUUGUAACAGAUAGACAGUGGUACUAGUUAGGGACAUCAGCAAUAAAUUUAUACUUCGACUGUGCCUUUCCUAUUUCUAAUAUAUUAUAAACUUGUGAAGUAAAUGGUGGAUGGUCAUGGAACUCGAUGUAUGUAGUGUAGAAGUUACAUAGUGCAUUAUCGAUGUCACGUGUAUUUAAUAACUUCAUGAUAACUAUUCUUUAAAGUCAUUCUUCAAUAUUCACUUACCAGUCAACAAGUAUAUCAUUCCAACAAUGAAACUGUUCUCUUAUAAAUAUUCGAUUCUCUUACUUUUCAGACCAACUGACUUCGUUAUGAAACUCUACGAUUUUUUAAAAAGAACUUAUACUUUUAUUACACAACGUCUUCCAACCUUUCAUACUUUACCUUAAAAUUUUAAUAUUUUCACAGAGUAUAUAUCUAUAAUUAACAAUAGUUAUUAAAUCAUUACAUAAUUUAGACAUUCUUUUUCUUAACGAACUCUCUAAGAAUUGAUUAAAAGGAAUUUAGUAAAUUAAGAAUAGUAUUUUCGUGAUAAAAGAAAAUUUCGUGAUAAUGAUGUUUAUUUUUUCGGUACUGACUGUAUAAUAUUUUAAGAAGUAUGAACAAUGUUCAUUAGUUGAGUACAUCUGUUAACGUAGCUGGCCAUCGCCAGAGUUACGACAUGUUAGGUUGAAAAAUAAAUU